AGGGGAGUAUAUGGUCGAUGCAAAAACUUCGAAUAAACAACCUUUAACUUUGCGUUUCAUAUAGGCCAUUACGCGUUUUAGGUUUUGCUGUAUUUGGGCCUAUUAAGUUAUACAUACAGUUGAUGAGUAGUAAGGUUGUCUAUACAUCAUUAACACAAUCAAAGUGUUAUCCAUGGUGAUGGUAUUGAUAUUGGUUUUGCUCUGUAAUAAGCUUUGUGCAAGUGCUUUUGAAAAAAGUAAGUGAAACUAAUACUUGGGACAUUCCCUCGGCGCCAAUAAAAACAAGUUAGCAUUAUUUCAAUGUCCAUUAAACUCAGAAACAUAAUGGCACACAAGUAAAUAUAAUACACUAAGGUAUUAUAUACGGUGAUGUACUUUUCUCUGUCUUUAAAGGGUUAUCCGAGCAAAGCUUUAGAUUAUCUGCCUAACCAUCUCCACCUUCCAUUUGUGCUAUUUGGUGUUUGAUUAUUGAUUAGCACGCUGCAUUGAUGACUAUCCACGGCGCUCCUUAGAAGCCCAUGAAAGAGUGUGUGGGCCAGUGGGGCGAUGAGACUCCUGUAACUUCUGAAUGACCUCUUCAUCACAAAGACGGUCUCAGUCAAUUGUCUACCGGCAUUAUUCGUCCCUUUUUGUAGCAGAGGUGUGUAUGGCUUCAUACCCGCUAAUAGACUCCCUUCACCUCGAUUGGCCAAAUCCGGUCACAUGGGUGGCUAACUUUAUUCAGUUGACAGCAAGUAGGAGGGCUUUAUGGAGGGAGGAAAAGACAACUCGAGAAAAAUUAGUAUUUUCUACCUUCAGAAAUUAAUGGCCAUGAGUUCGUACAUGGUAAACUCCAAGUAUGUGGAUCCCAAAUUUCCUCCAUGCGAGGAGUAUUCGCAAAACAGUUAUAUACCUGAUCAGGGCUCUGGAUACUACAGUCCAUCGCAGGACACUGAUUUCCAGCAUCCAGGGAUCUACUCACGGUCAAACUACACGGAGCAACCCUACAGUUGUAACACUGUGCAGAGCUCAACACUACAGCCGCGGGGUCAUGUGCAGGAGCAAGGCAGCCAUCCCGGAUCUUUUCCCACUCAAAGCGAGCAAUGUUCUCCGAUCCAAAUAUCCGCCCCGAGGACUUGUGACCAACAACAAAACACAAAGAAUCAGAACGGGACACAGUCCAGGCAACCUGCAAUAGUUUAUCCCUGGAUGAAGAAAGUCCAUGUUAGUACGGUGAACCCAGAUUUCACAGGAGCGGAACCCAAGCGAUCGCGGACAGCUUACACGAGACAGCAGGUUUUAGAACUAGAAAAGGAAUUUCAUUUUAACAGGUAUCUUACCAGACGACGUCGUAUCGAAAUAGCGCAUACACUUUGCCUCUCUGAGCGACAAAUUAAAAUCUGGUUUCAGAACCGAAGAAUGAAAUGGAAAAAAGAUCACAAACUGCCAAACACGAAGGGAAGGUCAGCGUCGGCUGCAAAACACGUGCAGAAGGACAACCAGACAGAUAUUACAAGUUUAUAAAAGAAAUGGAAGCAUCUUGCCCCAGGAGUACAAAUGAACUGUGUAUGAUAGACAAUGCUUCGUUUGUCUUUGCAUGGUUUUAAAUCAUGACAUUCCGAUCUUUAAGCUAUUUAAUGUGAAGCAGAAGCACACAUCAUUACCAAACGCAGUAUGAAUUGAUGCGAUGAAAAGAUCCUAAAUACAAUUUUAAACAUUGUAUAUCUGAAGUGGCAGACUACAGGAGGGCAUCACAACAUGAUUCACGGGCUGACAUGAGGUAUAUAUGAAAUUUCAAAGGACUGCAAUACCUGUAUGAAAGCAAGUGAGAUUUAAAAAAUAUUCAUUUUAUUAUUAUUAUUAUUAUUAUUAUUAUUAUUAUUAUUAUUAUUAUUAUUAUUAUUAUAUUUUCCUUGUGAACACUGCUCUCCUAAAUGCAUUAUGUCCUGUUCAAUUCGAUAAAUACGUUUGUAAACAAAACAGUGACCUUUUCGAUAUUGGCGAUUGUAGCUAAUAAUUUAUUUGACUAUUUGAUCAUAUUUUAGUAAAUAAUUUAUACCUGGCCUAUAAAAUAUUAACAUUUAAUUACGGAGAUGGUUAAGCAAAAUAUUGAUCUUUCCCCUAAAAUUCCUAAAAUAAUUUAGAAACGGAUAUGGCUAACUAAACUAUUCGUUUUCUUUAUUGAAUUCGUUUAAACAAUACAAAGUUCGUAAAACAUUAAAGAUUAAAUUUAUAUUUAUUUGGAAUUAACAGAAUAAACCAUUCUUCGAAAAUGACUCUAAAACAGGAAGCGCAACAUUUGAAAUCUAUUUUACUUUGUUGGCCAUAGCAUUGGAUAUCUUGACGGCUAUAAAUCUCACUUGACAGUUUUGUAAACAAUGUACAAUUAAAGCAGCUGUAUAUCUGUCUUCCAGAUGUCAUCAGAAAUUCCUAAAUAAUAGUUCAUUUAUUGUUUCACGUGCUUCUGGGUUUUAGCUAAACUUUUCACAUCCCACUCUUCAUUUAUUUAUUAAAUGCCAGAAUAAGAACACAGAGAGUUCUUGUUUUUAAUUUCUAUGUGAAUUCAAUUGGUCGUUCCUUAAAUAUAUUAUGUUCAGUUAGAAAAAGUGCAUUAUUUUUUAUUCUAUAUUUUUCUGUAUUUUAUGCAUAUUUUCUACGAGCAUAUUUUCUAGUAAACGAAUAAUAGAGCUCAUUAAUAAAAGGUUUAUCCUCAGACCACGAAAUACCCAGUUGUAAUAAGAAACAAAGUGUAUAGUUCGCUGAUUUGGGUUCUUUAAAAUUUUUAUUUUGAGCAACAGAGGUUGGCUUAGCUCUGCUCUGUAAAUGUGAGUGGAGGUAUUCACGUCGUGAUUAAAGAUUGACUGUUCUACUGUUA